AGCAGUUGGCGAAUUGCAUAGGAAUAGUUGUGGUACCGCUCUACGAUGUACACCACCAUUGAAACAUAAUUUCGGAAAGCUAACGGGAAUGUUGUAAUUUCUAUUUUUUCCUUCUUCUCAAACGUAACUAAAAUCAAAGGGAGCUGCUCCUUUGUGUAAUUGUAUGGGCGAAAAAAGAGCAUUAAAAAAUAUUCACUGGAAAAAAGGAUGUGUAAUUACAACUAAAAAGGAUAACAACAAACACAAGUGAAAUACACAGACACACUCCACCCCUACGUUUCCGGAGUGUAAAAAUCAGCCACUAGGUUCCUGGGUGAAAGUGAAAGUCAAUCCGUAUUUUCCAUUGUUGUCGUCGGCAUGUGAAGCCGUCGAAAUGGUUUCCAAGUUUCUUUUGUUUUUUUUUUUUUUUUUCUCCCUUUCUCUCGCUCUCUCCCUUCCUGCCUUUAUUGGAGUUACCUUAAGGGCUUUUCAACAAAUUCCGAUUGUUUGGUGAAUUGAAAUCCUUGACCUAUUGCGGGGCUCUCAGCGGGGAGCGAGGCGCGAGACACAACUUCGUUUCGGAAUUUGUUUUUGUUGUUACGCCGUUCGUCCGUUCGUUCGCUCGUUCGUUACAAAAUUUGCGUUAAAACCAAAAAAAAAAAAAACGUUGUGGAAAAACUUCUUGUUGUUUUUGUAAAAUUCCAUUGGAUUUGUUGUUAUUUCAAAGCAAUAUCAAGGUUAAGUAGAUAAGUCGAAAAAAAACAAAGAGAAAAAACCAAAACAGAAUACAGAUACCAGGCAAAGAGAAAGAGGAUAAAAUGUUAUGAAAAAAAUUGUCAGAUCCACCAACAACUACAACAACAAAAAUCGUUGAAAACAUUCCCCCGUGUGUUUAAUAUCCGUGCAACGCAUCCUGCCACCUCUGGUGGCAUGUCAACAAUGUUUGCUGGUCCCCAACGCCCCCGGGCCACAUCAUGUGAAAAUAGUUUCCUGUAACAGCCAGGCCUAGUCCUGCCACCACAGCCAAGAAGAGCCAUUUUUUUCUGAACAGCCGGAACCCACCAUCUAUCAUUAGGUGCCGAGAUUAUGGGUUCUUGCCUGGGAACGUCCAAGUCAAAUAAAUUGACAGGCAAUACGACCAGAAGCACCUCCAGCCUGGUGUCCACAUGUUUGGGGCGCCAUUCAACAGAUGACCAAGAUUUCGAUUUAAUCUCCAAUGUAAGCGGUCCGCAGCAGCGAAAUAAUUUCAUAUUUCGCAUAUGGAAUUUCAAAAGGAAGAAAAAAUCCUCACACAUCUUGGACAAAUUUUGGCAGCAUCAGGAUACCACGUAUGCCAAGCUGAGCAAUGGAAAUAAUGGAGAAAGCUUCUCCGACAUACAGCUGCAAAACCUGGAUGUCAACAAUCUCCUGGCCACAACGGGUCACACCAAAGAAUCGUCGAUCAACUAUAUACCCAGCCGGGUGCCCAGCUCCCGGGCCAGUUCCUCCUUGGACCUCGAAUGGGAACAUGAAUACAGUCAAAUGCGUCACUACCAACAGCACAUGAUCAAACAGCGCACCCAAAUGCUCCAAUCGUAUCAGCAGCUACAAAUGAUGGAAACGAAAAACUGUGAUGAAACCUCGGCCGAUGAGUCAUGGCACUAUGUGAGCCGAGAUGGCGAAGUGGAAGAGGAUCAAUUGAAUUCUAUGGCUUCCAUGUCAUCGAUGGCGGAACUGCCCAGUGAAGCUGAAGUUGAAGUGACCCGACAACGUUCGCAAAUACGUAGCAAAGAUGCCCAACGUUCCGUGGAGAGAAGAGCCCUCCUGCGCUCCAAUUCUCAUAUGCAGCGUUCCAUAACACGCAAUAGUUCGCAUAACUCUUGGUCCCAUAUUUCCACACCCGAAUCCCUGGAAUGGGACGUGGAUGAGGAACAACAAAAACAAAUGCAUGUGGAGGAUGAUAAUCUGGAUCACGAGACCCUUAAGCUGCUGCAUCAAAUUGAACAGCUGAAAAAUCGGGUACUUUACGAAACCGGCGAGGGUCUCUACAACAUCAUGGAUGAUAGCUAUACGAUGGGCGACUAUGGGCUCAAUAAUAUGAAUGGCCAGCACACAAAUACAACAAUGGCCAUGUUCGGAAGGGGGCCCCCUUCCGGGACGGGCUUUCAAUUGGGCGACAGCGAUGGUGAAAAUGGCAAUUACAGAUGAUUUGGGGUCAAAUAGAUUUCGGUUAAAAGUAAAAAAAAUAUGUUAGGUUUGCCAUGGGGUCUCAAAGGCCCAUAGAGCCCAUCCUCAUCCCCAGGUGGGGGAAAUUCAGUUUUAGACAAAAAUAAAAAUUGCCAUAGUACUCUGGAGAAUAGGUGAUAAUAGGUGUCUAGGAUAAUUGUCCCUUCCUCAGAAAAAAACAACAAAAAACGUGAAAUAAAAUCGAUAACAAUUACAAAAACAAAUACAUAAACAAGUGCCUCGUUUUAGAACACACACACACAGAUACACUGAGAAAAAAAUAUGAAAAAAAUAAAAAUAGUUUUUCCUGGAGUAAAAUUUAAAAAAAAAACCUAAGAUAAGAGGGGCGUGGUUAA